AUGUUAGCAAUCUCACCUCAUUUGUUUUCAUCAAUAGGAUCAUGGCCCUUUGAAGACCACAUAAGCCAAAACCAUCAUCAAAAUCAACUCUUCAAAGACACUACUCAUCAAUCAUUUCACUUUCAUCAUCAACUUGAACCCAAAACUAAUUCAACUGAUCCAUCACAGGCUACAAGUAGCGACCUUAGCAUGGUGAAGAAGCUUGUUCAUAAUGCUAGUGAACGCCAUCGCCGCAAAAAGAUAAAUAAUUUGUAUUCCUCACUUCGUUCACUUCUUCCUUUGUCAGAUCAAAUGAAGAAGUUGAGCAUUCCAUUAACAAUAUCAAGAGUCUUGAAAUAUAUACCAGAGUUACAGGAACAUGUGGAAGGACUGAUCAAGAGAAAGGAAGAGAUCUUAUUCAAUCUUUCACCGAUAAGCAAAGAAACUCAAAUGAAGAAGCAUAGUUACUAUUCUGGUUUUGUGGUUUCAAGUUGUAGGCUCAAUGAUAGUGAAGUUAGUAUUCAGAUUUCAUGUUACACUACUGUCCACAUGGUGCCACUAUCUGAGACCUUGCUCUAUUUAGAAAAUGAUGGAUUUCUGCUUCUAAAUGUUUCUUCCUCUCAGACAUUUGAAGGGAGAGUCUUCUAUAAUUUGCAUUAUCAGGUGGAUAAAACAAGGAGAUUAGAAUCAGAUAUUCUAAAUGAGAAGAUCUUAUCAAUAAUGGAGAAGUAG